AUGCUAAAGAAGCUGGCUGUUCAGAUUGCUGUAAAAAAGAGAUUGCUGUAUCACAAUCCACUCAGAACAGAAGGAAACCUGGCGUUGUUCUGCCCCACUCUUAAAGAAGCCACCUGUUCCUCCGUGGACUCCGUCACGCCGGGUGACGGCUCACCAGCCGGACAGGGCCCUGCCACCGCGCCGGUGUUGUGCCAUAAAGUGACGGUCUGCCAAAAACGGAUCGGCAAGCUCCUCCCCCUCUCGCUGCUCGCUCCUCCGCGGGGACGCGCCCAAACUUACCCGAUCCGUUUUUGGCAGACCGUCACUUUAUGGCACAACACCGGCGCGGUGGCAGGGCCCUGUCCGGCUGGUGAGCCGUCACCCGGCGUGACGGAGUCCACGGAGGAACAGGUGGCCUCUUUCCUCUUGUCAAAGAAGAUAAAGCUGGACUGUGACACCGUGGUAGCGUGCCACCUUCUCCCGAGACGAGGAAGCCAGAAGAUGCCAUGUCUUUCAAAACCAGUUCAAGUCGAGACAAUCACUACAGGGGAAACCUGUGGUGCUGAUGUAGCUCUGAUGGACCAAGUAAAAAGGAAGGUAAAGCUGGAGGGCACAAACCAGGAUGGUCAAUGCCUCAUUGUUUUCUGUCCAAUCACAUCCCGUGUCGGUUCAGAUGUGGAGGCAGCCAUGCAGAACAUUCCAUUUAAUCCUGUUGGAUGUGGUUCGUCCUUCUUGGUGGUAUGCUGACAUUACCCUGGAUACC